AUGGAUAUUCCUCAGGCCGACCUCGAUCUCCUCAACGAGAAGGACAAGAACGAGCUUCGCGGUUUCAUUUCCAAUGAGACGCAGCGCCAGAGGGUGCAAGGACAAACCCACGCCCUUACCGAUUCCUGCUGGAAGAAAUGCGUCACCUCCCCCAUCAAGACCAACCAGCUCGACAAGACCGAGGCCGUCUGCAUGUCGGACUGCGUUGAGCGCUUCCUGGACGUCAACCUGACCAUCAUGGCCCACGUGCAAAAGAUCACUAGGGGCGGCAGCAAGUAG